AGUGCUAAACUGGGAGCCACUUUCCGUUACGGUAUGCUGCAUUGAUUGCCCUUAACUGUUAAAAAGGUGGGUGCGAGUAAACGCUCUUCCGGAGUGUUUACUGCAUCAGGCAACACCUCUUUCCGUCCAAAUGCGAGUUUAGGGAGAAGAACUCUUCAAGUAUCUGGUAAAAUCUCUGGUUCAGCUGGACAGAUGGUGGACGACCAGGAGUGCUACCAUUCUUGAAGGCCAUUAAACAUGGCCGAAAGCGAGACCACUCCUCGUCGCGUGGCCUUCGAGGUUGACUCAGACAGCGAAGACCUGGAGAGCGUUGAAAGCGAUAUGACCUCGCUUACGUCGUCGAUAUACAACUACGUGUAUGAAAAUGGCCGCACAUACCACUCCUAUCGACCCGGUGCCUAUAUUCUGCCAAACGACGAGAGAGAACAGGAGCGACUCGACCUCCUUCAUCACGUGUUUCGACUAUGCCUUGACGGACGCCUCUGUCGAACAGAGUUAACAAAUCCGCAAAAGAUAUUGGAUGUAGGCACUGGGACGGGUAUCUGGGCUAUUGAGGUUGCGGAUGACUACCCAUCGGCGGAGGUCGUCGGGGUGGAUCUCUCGCCAAUCCAGCCUGGAUGGGUGGCUCCGAAUUUACGAUUUUUCAUCGACGAUGUCAGCCAAGAGUGGACAUUUCCGUCAAAUUCCUUUGAUUUCAUCCACGUCCGUUGUCUCUCAGGCAGUUUGACGGAUUGGCCUACUUUCUUGAAACAUUGCUAUAGGCAUCUUAAGCCUGGCGGAAAGAUCGAACUUGCGGAAUGUCGAACACAAAUGAACUGUGAUGACGAGACGUACCCUGAGGGCUGUCAUACGUAUAAAUGGGUUGCAGAAUUUAACCGUAUCUCUCAUGCAAACGGUCGGGUUUUCGACUUGUUUCCCCAGUUCAAGGGACUCCUCGGGGAUGCAGCGUUCACGAACAUUCAGGUCCACCAAGAGGUCUGUCCAAUUGGUACAUGGCCGAAAGAUUCCCGUCUCAAGGAGAUCGGCAGAUACUUCAGAGCUCAGUUUCUGUGGGGUGGUGUUGAGGCUUACUCUAUGGCCCUGUUCACGAGGUUUGGUGGCUGGUCUCCGGAGGAAGUUGAAGUAUUGUUAGCGGAAGUUCGACGUGAGGUGAACGGAAACAAGAUGCACAUUUAUACUCACUGCUCUUUCACAACUGCAGAGAAACCCCGCAACUGAUGCUGGCUGACGACGCGGCAUCCGGAGUGUCGGAUCAAAACGAUCUAUAUGUUACAUUAGUGUAUGCAUCCGCUUAAAGAGUAUAUAUAAUGUUCUCAUGAGCAAAUGCUAUGCUUUUUGGACACACGAAGGAUUUAGUGCGGAUUGUUUUAUUUUGUCAAUGGAGCGUCAACUAUCAUGUUGUUCUGCACAAGGUAUCUUCGUCCGUGAAGAAGGAUUGUCACCUUGUAUAUGGUGUUGAAUUGUUAGCGUGAUAUAGUGUUUGUAUUACUCCAAGGCUGGAAGCCAGUGAUUUAUGAUCCUAUUCAGCUAAGGGACAGAAACUGGGACCAUCAGAAUCAAAUGGCAAGGGAUGGAUUUCUCA